CUCCUCGGGUCUCCUCCUCGCAGCCAAUGGGCUCGGCAGCUCCGCCCGCGACGUGGCCCAAUGAGGGGCGCGCCAAUGAGUGUUCGCCGCGUCCCGCUGGGGGAGGAGCCGCAGCCGGGGAGGCCGAGACAGACGCCGGCCGGCCGGCCACACCUCCAGGCGCCCCCCGCAGGAACCGACCCGACGCAGCGCGAAGGCGGCCGGAUCGCCGCGGACCUGCCAGGCUGGGAGCGCCGCUCUCCGCCGGCCUUUCGUCUCAAGAGGGGUUGAUGCUCCUUCUGUCCAGGAUGGCUCAAGGACCCUGGUGGCCGUUCCUACCCAUCCUCUUGCUUGCUUGUUUGCCAUCGCACUCAGAUUCCUUGGCUGUGAUGUCAGUGGACCUGGGAAGUGAAUCCAUGAAGAUCGCCAUUGUCAAGCCUGGGGUGCCAAUGGAAAUUGUCUUAAAUAAGGAAUCUCGGAGGAAAACGCCGGUGGCUGUGUCCCUGAAGGAGAACGAACGCUUUUUUGGUGACAGUGCUGCAGGAAUGGCCAUCAAGAGCCCCAAGGUGACUUUCCGGUAUUUCCAGGAUCUCCUGGGCAAGCACAUAGAUAACCCCCAGGUGGCACAGUACCAGUUGCGGUUCCCAGAGCAUGAGCUGGUGAAGGAUGCAAGGAGGGAGACGGUCAACUUCAAGCUGUCAGACCAACUGCAGUAUUCUCCAGAAGAGAUCUUGGGCAUGGUCCUGAACUAUUCUCGGGCGCUGGCAGAAGAAUUUGCAGAACAGACCAUCAAGGAUGCUGUGAUCACCGUCCCUGCCUACUUCAACCAGGCAGAGAGGAGAGCUGUCCUGUAUGCCGCCCAGAUGGCUGGUCUCAAGGUGUUGCAGCUCAUCAACGACAACACAGCUGUAGCUCUGAACUACGGAGUGUUCCGAAGGAAGGACAUCAAUGCCACAGCCCAGAAUAUCAUGUUCUAUGACAUGGGAGCAGGCAGCACUGUGUGCACCAUUGUGACCUAUCAAACGAUGAAAAUGAAGGACUCGGGAACCCAGCCACAGCUGCAGAUCCGGGGUGUCGGAUUUGAUCGCACGCUGGGAGGGCUGGAAAUGGAGUUGCGCCUUCGGGACCACCUGGCCAAACUCUUCAAUGAAAAGCACCCUUCAAAAGAUGUUCGGAAAAACUUCCGGUCAAUGGCCAAGCUGCUAAAGGAAGCCAAUCGCCUGAAAACUGUGCUCAGUGCCAAUGCUGAUCACAUGGCCCAGAUUGAGGGCUUGUUGGAUGACAUUGACUUCAAGGCCAAGGUAUCACGUCAGGAGUUUGAGGAUCUGUGUUCCGACUUGUUCCAGCGGGUUGCAGGGCCUGUGCAGCAGGCGCUCAGCAGUGCUGAGAUCAAUCUGAAUGAAAUUGACCAGGUGGUCCUAGUUGGUGGUGCCACUCGAGUGCCAAAGGUGCAGGAGUUUCUGCUCAGAGCAGUUGGCAAGGAUGAGCUGGGCAAGAAUAUCAAUGCAGACGAAGCUGCUGCAAUGGGCGCUGUCUACCAGGCAGCUGCCCUGAGCAAGGCCUUCAAGGUGAAGCCUUUCGUUGUCCGUGAUGCUGCCAUUUUCCCCAUCCAGGUUGAGUUCACGCGUGAGGUGGAAGAGGAGGAUAAAUCCAAAAGCCUCAAGCACAACAGGCGGAUCCUGUUCCAGCGCAUGGCUCCGUAUCCACAGCGCAAGGUCAUCACUUUCAAUCGCUACACAGAUGACUUUGAGUUCCACGUCAACUAUGCUGACCUGGGCUUCCUGAGCGAAAGUGACUUGCGGGUUUUUGGGUCCCUGAAUCUCACAAGAGUGAAGCUGCGAGGUGUGGGUGAGAGCUUCAAGAAGCACUUGGACUAUGAAUCCAAAGGCAUCAAGGCUCACUUCAACAUGGAUGAGAGUGGUGUGCUGAGUCUCGACCGCGUCGAAUCUGUGUUUGAGACUGUAGUGGAGGACAAGCCAGAGGAGGAAUCCACCUUAACAAAGCUUGGGAAUACCAUCUCCAGCCUGUUUGGAGGAAGCAGCCCUGUGCCAGACACAACUGAAAACCUGACUGAAACUGUCCAGGAGGAAGAGGAGAGCCCAGCAGAAUCAGGAAAGGAUGACCAGAAAGACGACUCUGGCACCACUAGCGAGGAGGAUGAAAAGCAGCUGCCACCAUCCCCGUCCCCAACUCAAGAAAAAGCUGCUGAAGAUGCUUCUACAGCUGAGGACAAACAGGAGGAAGGCGGGGAGAAGCCAGACUCUCCGGAAGCCCAAGAAAAGCCCGGAUCUGGGAAAGGAGAGGAGCCUGUCAAGAGCCCUGAGGGCAACGGUGCCAAAGCAGAAGAGGAGGAAAAACCGAAGCCCCCCAAGAAGCAGAAACUGGUGGAGGAGAUCAUGGUAGAGCUAGAUGUGAAUGACGUGCCUGAGUUGCUGCUGGAAGAGCUGCAAGACUCCAUCAAGAAGUUGCAAGAUUUGACUGCGAGAGACCUAGAGAAGCAGGAGAGGGAGAGAUCAGCUAACAGUCUGGAGGCCUUCAUUUUUGAGACCCAGGAUAAGCUUGAUCAGGAGGAGUACCGGUUUGUUUCGACUGAGGAAGAGAGAGAGGAAAUUUCCAAAAAACUGAGUGAAGCCUCCAGCUGGAUGGAAGAGGAAGGUUAUGCAGCUAUGACAAAGGAGCUGAAGGAGAGGCUCUCUGGACUGAAGAAGCUGUGCCGGAGCCUCUUCUUCCGUGUGGAGGAGCGAAGGAAGUGGCCGGACCGUCUGGCUGCCCUGGAAAGCUUGCUCAAUCACUCCAGUUUCUUCCUCAAGGGAGCUCGGAUGAUCCCAGAAGCUGAUCAGAUUUUCACAGAAGUGGAAUUAAGCACCCUGGAAAAAGCUAUAAAUGAGACAGCGUUGUGGAAGAAUGAGACCCUGGCAGAGCAGAGCAAGCGGCUCCCCACCGAGAAACCCACCCUGUUUUCCAAGGACAUUGAGCUGAAGAUUGCAGCCCUGGACAGGGAGGUGCAGUACCUUCUCAACAAGGCCAAAUUUGCAAAGCCCAAGCCCAAGCCCAAGAAGGAGAACACCACAAAAACGGAAGCUGGAAAGAACACCACUGUGCCUCCUGAGAGUGAAAAGGUCAUUCCUCCCAAGGAGGAGAAGCAAGGAACAGAUAAAUUAGAAGAUUCCAGCCCAAUCAAAGAACCACCCACAGAAGACAAAGCACCACUGGGUGAUCAGUUGGGAUCAGAAACAGACUCACAAACCAAAAAGAAGCCACAAACAAAAGACACCAGAACAAAUGAAGAAUUAUAACAGUUCCUGAAAUCCACACCACAUGCAUCAAAAUCUAUUUAUUUACACUUGAUUCCAUUGUUUUUAAAAUGGACCCAGUAAGUGGAACAUGGCACCAGACUGAUGACAAAAUGCAAUAGAGUUGUACAUUUUUUUCCUUUCUGUUGGGGAUUUCAUUGUGUUGCUGAUUUUGGUGUGUGGUGUUUGUCUCUCUCCACUUCCUUUGUUAAAAGGUGACUUUGAGUUCCAUUUAGCUCAAAGUCCCACUGGAACUCCCACUGGAAUUGCCACUUGUGACUGAUAGAUCCAGCUCUGCCUGAAAUGGUUUUAGGAAAUGAAACUUGGCACCAGUGCUCUGUGCUAUGUAUGCUUCAUUUUGUGAAGAGCAGCGUAUGUUACUCCAUCUGCAACAUGGUAGCAGAGCCAGGUCCCCCCGCAAAUCAGAAUUCCAGAUUGGAGUCUGAUUUGGCCUUACCCUGGUCUUCUGGUACAUGGACAAGGCCUGGAUGAGCAGCUGCUUGUACCUGAGAGUUGGGCUGAUAAUGCCAUUCUCUGCCCUUUGGGGGUGGUUGUAUCAAAAAUGGAAGAAAUAGAAGUGGAAUUUAAAGGAGCUGGAUAACAUUUAGAAGGAAAACCAAAACGUUCAGAAACCGUUAGUCCCAAUACAAAACAAAGAAAACCUAAAGCAGACUCUGAAUAGCUAGAUGUAGAAUAGCAGGUGUGGCUCUUCAUGCGUCAAGGGCUGGCAAAUGUUGAAAGCGAUAGCCUGGUCCUUCCCUUCCGUGAUCUUGCAGUGACUUUGGUAAAGUUCCCCCAGCUUGAGCUAUUUCUAGGGGGCCCAUGGGGCUGUUACUGUUCUGCUGUAAUGCAAAGAGGGGCUGACUAGUCCAGCCAAAACACAGCAGUCAUGUCUUCACAUUUAUCUUAAGGUGCAAGUUCUUUUUGCACUGUAUUUGCUCAUCAAGUUAGGAGUGGCUGCUUUCUAAUAGCCUUCCUACAAAUUCCCAGUACUCUGUGUAACAGUGGCAUUGCACUUCCUUCUGAUGUUUAGGGUGGUUUUGGAACUUUCAAAGGGCACUGUCGUGUGUGUGUGUUUUUAUUUAAUAGCUGAACCUAUCCUACCUUGCAUCUGAACCUCCCACUUCAGCCAGUAGGUGGGAAAGAUUUUCAUAGGGGAUAGAAAUCCUGGCGCUUCAAUUUUUGGAAGCACAGAUCAAGUCCAUCAACACACAAGAUGGGAUACAUGCCCAAAGGUGUUACUGCAGGGUGAAGGGAAAAAUGGGCCGGAGCCUUUAGUUCCCCUCUUCUUCCCUGCAAUCCUCAAACGGUUUCCCCAAGAGAAUAUCUUCCUUGAAACAUGGAGGGAUUCUUCAUCUUAAAAUACUGCUACCCAACUCACAGGCCUAGAGAGAACACCACCUGUUAGUCUCUUGAAACCAAGGAGGAAGCUCAGAUGCUCACCUGAAUAAAUUUGAAGAUUCAUUUGUCUACCCCUGCCCAUUUGGGGAACCUUUUUCCCUUUUUAUGUUGGCAGAAGUUCUGUGCCAGAUGCUGCAAGUUCCCAGAUCAAGGCUUGUAUGGUAAAUUGAGUGCUGCACACAAUAAAGCCCUCUUUAUUUCAACAAGGAUUCCAUCUGUGCAGUGCUUGGAAGCUUAGCUGCCAUCUUUCCCAUGCCAUCCUCUGAAAUCUUUUUCCAUCCUGUUCAGACAGUUGAUAGCACACAUUUGGGCCCAACAGGUAGUUUUGCCUUUGUCAAAAUGUGUACCACAUACUUGGAUUUUGAUAGGAAUGAAUGUUCAGAUCUGAUGUUUAAAAAGCAUUUGUUUGUUCAUACCUCAGUGUUGGCCAGAACGUGCUUUCUACUGUGAUAACUCUUGAUAAAGCAAUUGGAAUUUGAAUGUAAAAUCUUCAGUUUCCUGAACAAUGUUUGUCUUGUGGUGUUCUGUUUGUUCCUCCCUUUGAACAUGGCAGGCGUAGAAGUUUUGUAUAUUUCUUUCACAGAAAUGGGAGGAGAGGAGGAGUGGGUUUUUCUUCAUCCCUCUGCUGCUGCCGCCGCCUUUUCAGAACUGCUUAAAGGGAAGCAAGCCAAACCUAAAGAGUCAUUUGGCCUCAGAGUACCAUUCUCCUACCCCUUGUGGCCACAUUGGCACUUACUCAGCUGUGGUGGCUGACAUGUGUUGGUCUUCCAUCAGUGUUGGGGUACUUGUUAGUUCUAUUAAUUUCUUUUUUAGGAGGGAAGGAAGGAAGGAAAAAGAAAAGGGUGGUGAUGGUGUUCAAAUUUAACUCAGUUGAAAUGUACUUACUCCUUUUUGAAGAACUGGUUUCAAUAAAAUAACUUGCUUUUC